GCACGAAAGGUUGCGACUGUGUAGCUGUCGUGCGACUGGAUAUCGACAUGAACUCGACUGCGCUGGUGCACCGAGGCACCGUGGGCGAGACGUGUGACCCGACCGCGCUCUUGACGGUGGCGUGCGACCCCCACGGGUUUUACUUUGCCCUGUUCGUGUCGGUGGGGCUGGUCGUGAUGGCAGGGACGAUAGCAGGACUGACCAUGGGCCUGCUCAGCCUCGACCAACUCAACUUGCAAAUCCUGGAAACGACAGGGUCCGAUGACGAGAAAACGUACGCGACGCGGCUCCUGCCCGUCGUCAAGCAGCACCACCGCGUCCUCGUCUCGCUGCUUUUGUUCAACGCGAUCGCCAACGAAGCCCUCCCUGUCUUUCUCGCGCGCAUCGUUCCCGACACGUACGCAGUCGUGAUCUCGGUGUCGUGUGUCCUCUUCUUUGGGGAAAUCCUCCCGUCCGCCAUCUUCACCGGCAAGGCGCAGCUCACGAUUGCGGCGACCCUGGUGCCCAUCGUUCGAUUACUCAUGUGGAUGGCAUUGCCGGUUGCGUGGCCGAUCGCGAAAGCCCUCGACUGUGUUCUCGGUGACGACCACCACGUAUCCAGGUACAAGCGCAAGGAGCUCAAGGCGCUCGUCGCUCUGCACCAUCGAAAAAGCCUCAAACAGCUCGAAAACGACACAACCAAGCCACAGCAUGGCGCUGCUGCGAAAGCGCAGUCGUUGCCGUUGUUGGGCAAGAUGCUAUACGAUGCCACGACCCCGCUCCUCGUCGAUCACGAACCUACCUUGCCAGCCACCGCCCCGCCGCUCCCGACAGAUGACGGCCAGACGGUCAUGACGCAGCGGCCUUCCAUGACGAGCACGACCCUUCUCAACGACGAAGUCGCCAUUAUCCAUGGCGCGAUGGACAUGAGCACGAAAACUGUGCAAAUGAUCAUGACGCCGUUUGACAACGUUUUCAUGCUGGACGUUGAAGAAAAACUCAACGACGCCGUGAUGGUGCGCAUCCUGGCGAGCGGGUACUCUCGCAUCCCCGUGUACAAGGGCCAUCGAACAAACGUCGGCCUGUUGCUCGUGAAGCGGCUGAUAGUCCUCAACCCCGCCGAGGAAAAACCACUCAAACAUUUGAUGCUCCGCCGUCCCAUCGUCAUUGCCCCCGACCAUUCGUGCUAUUCAAUUUUGAAUGUGUUUCAGGAAGGCAGGAGUCACAUGGCCCUCGUUACGGCGCAAACGGACGUUGUGUCGGCAUGCUGGCAGUCAAACUCUGACAUCGAUCCGUCGGCCGUGGAAAUUCUCGGAGUCGUCACGAUCGAAGACGUCCUGGAAGAAAUCAUCAUGGAGGAAAUCAUAGACGAAAGCGAUGCGCCAGGGCGCCCUCCCACCAAAACCGUCCUCGCGCGUGAGCGAGGGGUGCAGCGGGCAGUGGACAAGUUUAAGGGCUAUCUGGCAAAUACCAGACAAGGCAAAGGCUCGAAUGAAGCGACUCGAGGAGCCAUCGAGACGUCGCCAGUGCACGUUGUGAUAGACGACUAACUUGGCCGAAUCCACCAACUUCAACAUCGUACAUUAACGAUGCGUACGUUCCUUCAA